AAAAAUAAUAAUAAAAACUCCUCGGCAAAUUUCUAUCGAAAUAUCUGUUUAUCCGUUCCAGCGUCAAGGGAGGACGUUUGUUUUGAACUGAAAUGGUAUAAUUUAGUUCUCUGAAGUCAAGCUGAUUGUUUCUCUGUAAAACUUGCACUUCAGCAAUGGCUAUCGGCGGUCUGGUUUCCAACCGGAGUUUCGGUUCUUUUAUUGGUUCAGGUAAAGUAUGUCUAGGGGAGCAAACUGUCUCGAUUCACAGGGGAGACAGAUCAGGCAUUGCUUUUGUGCAUGGGAACAUGUUUUACCGAAAGUUAUGGGGUCAAAAAGCCAAUGGUUUUGUGCCUGGAUACGCAUGUGGCCAAUUCCUUCGGAACACCGUCCAUUUAGAUGAGAACACUUUGAAACCUCUAUCAAUUUCAUCUAAUGGCAGGCGACUAAAUUCUUCAAUGUCACUGUGCUACUGUGAGAAGUCUCACAAAGUUCACUCUCAACAAAGAUGUAGAGGAAGAUUUGGAUGUUAUUCUCUUCAAAGUCCAUUGCCCGGAGGUUGGCUGGAGCCAAGUGACAACGAUAGAAUAAGAAAAAGGGGUACUUGCGUUUACUAUAAAUCUGAGGAGUUUGACAUAACAGAAGCGAAGGUGGUUUCUUUGCCAUCUGCAGAUGGAACUAACGAAGCUGUUUUAGUUGGGGGAGACAUGCAAGAAGCCGUCCCUUUGUGGCAAAAUUUUCCAAAGCGCUGGGUUAUGGUGCUGCUUUGUUUUGCAGCAUUCCUGUUAUGCAAUAUGGACCGUGUCAACAUGAGCAUUGCAAUACUCCCCAUGUCAAAAGAGUUUAACUGGAACAGUGCAACAGUUGGUUUGAUUCAAUCCUCUUUCUUCUGGGGCUACCUGCUCACUCAGAUUCUCGGAGGCAUAUGGGCAGAUAAAAUUGGUGGGAAGCUAGUCCUGGGCUUUGGAGUUAUCUGGUGGUCAGCAGCUACUAUUUUGACACCUAUUGCUGCGAGAAUUGGACUUCCAUUUUUGCUAAUUAUGCGUGCUUUUAUGGGAAUUGGCGAGGGUGUUGCUAUGCCUGCAAUGAACAACCUACUUUCAAAGUGGAUUCCAGUGUCAGAGAGAAGUAGAUCACUUGCACUUGUGUACAGUGGCAUGUAUCUUGGUUCUGUUAUUGGACUGGCUUUCUCUCCUAUCUUAAUCAGCAAGUUGGGUUGGCCAUCUGUAUUUUACUCAUUUGGCUCCCUUGGAAGCAUCUGGUUUGCAUUAUGGCUGAGAAAAGCUUAUAGCUCCCCAAAGGAAGACCCAGAGCUUAGUAAAGAAGAAAAGCAACUAAUCAUGGGAGGCAGCAUAUCCAGGGAACCUGUCAAGGUCAUUCCAUGGCGAUUAAUAUUAUCAAAAGCCCCUGUUUGGGCUCUUAUAAUUUCCCACUUCUGCCAUAAUUGGGGAACUUUUAUUCUCUUGACAUGGAUGCCUACAUACUACAAUCAGGUUUUGAAGUUCAACCUCACGGAAUCGGGACUCCUCUGUGUAUUGCCAUGGUUGACUAUGGCUGCCUUUGCAAAUAUAGGAGGAUGGAUAGCAGAUACACUAGUGAGCAAAGGUCUUUCUGUAACAUCAGUUCGUAAGAUCAUGCAAUCAAUAGGCUUUUUGGGGCCUGCCUUUUUCCUUACACAGCUAAGCCAUGUCAAGACACCUGCUAUGGCAGUGCUGUGCAUGGCAUGUAGUCAGGGAUCUGAUGCAUUCUCACAGUCUGGUCUUUACUCCAAUCACCAAGACAUCGGCCCACGAUAUGCUGGUGUUCUAUUAGGACUUUCAAACACAGCCGGAGUGCUGGCCGGUGUGUUUGGUACUGCUGCUACCGGUUACAUACUCCAACGAGGUUCCUGGGAUGAUGUGUUUAAGGUGUCAGUUGCUCUGUACAUCAUAGGCACGUUAGUCUGGAACUUAUUUGCAACCGGAGAGAAAGUUCUGGACUAAGAAAAUGUAGAAAAAUGGUAUACGAGAAAGAAAGGAAGCCGCCGACAUAAUGAAAAAGAUGGCAACUUUCUGAGUAAUAGAAUGAAGCAGACAUGCCAGGGUGAAUGGAAAAAACCCUGCUGAAGACAGCAGAGAGCGGUAUUUAAAAAACAUUGUACCAACAUGUAAGGCCCUCCUACUUCAAACAACAUUUUGAGUUGGCUGGAAAAUUGUGUAUUUUUCAGGCCGAAGUUCCUUGUUUCA